UAGAGCAGUGACUGAUGCUUGGGACGCGCGCGCUGUCUACACAGAUUUAUCCUGGAGUUUUUUGGAAGAAAACAGACUUGAAAUAGUUAUUCGAAAAGCAGGGAAACAGGACGCCCCCUAGGCAGCCCCUCGGUGCCAUCCCCGCUCGGCCGUUGUCGUUGCCUGGGCACUCUAACCUGUCUCUUUACCCUGACUGGCCCCACACAAGUAUGCAGUUGGUGUGUUAAGGAUGGAGGAGUCUAGUUUGUGCCUUGGAGUGUCUUCAGCUGUAUCUGAAGCUGAUGCCCAUCUCAGCAACACUGUCCUCAACGGGCGAUAUCCAAUCAGUCAGAAACUGCAUCAGCUGACCACUCAGCUUGGCCAUGCCUUCCCCGAUCUCCAAAACAGACAGCAGAUCCCCGAAGAGAAAGCAGCCACCCCGCUCGACGAGAAGAGUCAUGCAGCCCUAGCCAACCAGCCAAUCAGCAGUCAGAUGGCCCUGCUCGCCAAUCAGCUCAACCGUGACAUCGAUGCCAGCGGUCUGAACCUGAACGGAAGGGUGGACCUCCAGCAGUUCCUCAACGGGCAGAACCUCGGCAUCAUGUCUCAGAUGAAUGACAUCGAGGACGACGCCCGCAAGAACAGGAAGUACCCGUGCCCCCUGUGCGGCAAGCGCUUCCGCUUCAACAGCAUCCUCUCGCUGCACAUGCGCACGCACACGGGCGAGAAGCCCUUCAAGUGCCCCUACUGCGACCACCGGGCGGCGCAGAAGGGCAACCUGAAGAUCCACCUGCGCACGCACAAGCUGGGCAACCUGGGGAAGGGCCGCGGCCGGGUGCGCGAGGAGAACCGGCUGCUCCACGAGCUGGAGGAGAGGGCCAUCCUGAGGGACAAGCAGAUGAGGAGCAGCCUCCUGCAGCCACGGCUGGACAUGAAGCAGCCGUCGCAGGGCCUCCAGCACCUCCCCGCCCAAACCCAGACCCAGCAGCCCUCCUCCGCCUGCGGCCUCCUCACUCCCACCAGCCUGGGGACCCCAGAGAGCAUGGCCCAGCCGUCCCCCUCCCCUAAGCCCACCCCCGUCCAGGACGAACAGGUCGCCCCGCCGACAGGCUUCCGCUGCACCUUCUGCAAAGGCAAGUUCAAGAAGCGGGAGGAGCUGGACCGCCACAUCCGCAUCCUGCACAAGCCCUACAAGUGCACGCUCUGCGACUUCGCAGCCUCCCAGGAGGAGGACCUCAUCAGCCACGUGGAGAAGGCCCACAUCACCGCCGAGUCGGCCCAGGGGCAGGGCUCCAGCAGCAACGGAGAGAAGCCCGCCAACGAGUUCCGCUGCGAGGUGUGCGGCCAGGUCUUCAGCCAGGCCUGGUUCCUGAAGGGGCACAUGCGGAAGCACAAGGACUCCUUCGAGCACUGCUGCCAGAUCUGCGGCCGGCGCUUCAAGGAGCCCUGGUUCCUGAAGAACCACAUGAAGGUCCACCUGAACAAAUUGGCAAUCAAGAACAAACCUCCAAGCGACUCUGAGGUUUCCGUCAGCAUGAAUAACAUGGCACAGGAAGCCCAUGCUAACCUCUACUCCCGCUACAUCUCCUGCCUGCAGAGUGGUUUCCUCUCACCUGACAAAGCAAGUCUGUCCGAGCAACACCAGAUGCUCACGAAAGCGGGGAUUGCCAUGAAGGAGAAGGAGAUGCUAGGGAAACUGCUAGGUCCCGUUGCUGGCAUGGGCCAUGGCUUAGGAGAAAGUGAGAAGCGCUCUUUGCUGGGCUGUUUGAACCUGGUUCCCCCGCUAAAGUCCAGCUGCAUGGAACGCCUGCAGGCUGCGGCAAAGGUGGCAGAGAUGGACCCCCUUAACAGCUACCAGGCCUGGCAGAUAAUGGCUCGCGGUAUGGCUAUGGAUCGGGCAUACAUGCCCAAAGAACAGCACCAUGUGCCUCAUGGCCAGGAUGAAGACCUGACCAAUGCAGCCAUGGUCUUCGCAAAAGAGAAGCACGACUACCCGCUGAUGGGCUCCGACAACUCCAAGCAAAAGCUCCACGCCGAGGCCAUGCAGGGAGCCAAAGGUGCCGCCAUGCUGCCCUGCAAAGACAACGGCAACUUCGACGGCCACAGGGAGUUCAUGUCCCACGGUGGCCUGGACUUCAACCUGACCAACCCGAAGGAGAAGCCCACCGAGUGUCCCGAUUGCGGCCGAGUCUUUAGAACUUACCACCAGAUGGUGGUCCACUCCCGCGUGCACAGCAAGGACCGCCGGCCCGGGGACGAGGGGGUCCAGCACGGCGUCUCCCUGGACGAACGACGAGGCUCAGCCAGCGACCCAGAGUCCCAGUCCAUCAGCAGAUCCACCACUCCAGGCUCCUCCAACGUCACCGAGGAGAGCGGCCCCGGGGGAGGCCUCUCGCAGACCGGGAGCGCCCAGGAGGACAGCCCACACCCCUCCUCUCCAUCCUCAGAUGCUGGGGAUGAAGCGGGAAAACCAGCGGCCGGAGCCCAACCGCCCGUCUCCCAGCUCCGAGACAGGGCCCUGGGCACCGCCAUGAAGGACUGCCCCUACUGCGGGAAGACUUUCAGAACCUCCCACCACCUCAAGGUCCACCUGAGGAUCCAUACAGGUGAGAAACCGUACAGGUGCCCGCACUGCGACUACGCGGGCACGCAGUCGGCCUCGCUGAAGUACCACCUGGAGCGCCACCACCGGGAGCGGCAGAACGGCGGGGGACCCUCCUCCGGACACCCCCUCCCCGAAAACAAGGACGAGCACGCCAAGGGCGGCAUCUUCAUCAGACCCGACGUCCUCCGCGGGGUCUUCAAGGGCAUGCCAGGCGGAGUGGACUUCAGAGGCGGGCAGCUGAUGCCCCACCAGUGGGUGCCGCCGGGGAUGCUCUCUCCCAGAGACCGGGACCGGCCCGGGCACGGGCACAGCCUGGGAGCGGCCCCCGAAAGCCAGCCUGAGGGCCUGAAGGGCCCCGAUGCAGCAUCCGGGGACGGGCCGGCGAGCUUCUCCGACCUGGGCCGGGCCUACCAGAGCAUGGCGGGCAACGGGGUCAACUUCCAGGGCUCCCUGCAGGCCUUCAUGGACAGCUUCGUCCUCAGCUCCCUGAAGAAGGACAAGGAAGCGAGGGACAAGGCGCAGCAUUUGGGCAUGGAUAGCGGCGAGGCCAAAGCCAAGCGAGGCGAGAACGGCGAGGAGAAAGCAGAUGCCAAGCCUUCCCAAGGCAAACCUGAGAAGUCUCAGUACGAGCCUCUCGAUCUGUCCGUCAGGCCGGAUUCUGCCUCCCUGCCGGGCUCCUCCGUUACCAUCCAAGACAACGUGGCCUGGCACGGCUGCCUCUUCUGCUCCUUCACCACUUCCUCCGUCGAGCUGAUGGCUCUCCACUUGCAGGCCAACCACCUGGGAAAAGCCAAGCGCAAGGAGAGCGGCAUCUUGGACAUGAAAGGGAUGGGCAGGGAACAAAUGGGGGAGCCUUCCUCAGCAAGCAAAGCCAGGCUGGCUCCCUCCACCCUCCACCCUGGCAGCGAGAGCCUCUCCGCCAAGCAGGGCCUGCACGCGGACAGGAUGACCCAGCAAGAGCCGGGCAAGGACACCGCGGGGGAGCAGAAGAGCACGGCCUGGUCGAACCACAUGGACCCCGCCAAUGCAAGCGGCUUUCAGAGCAACUUCUUCAAGCAGUUCAGCAUGUACGACAGCCCUGGCGGCGGGGCCCCGGGGCCACAGAGCUUCGUCGGCCCUAGCCUCGAUCCGCACGAGCAGCAGCUGCAGCGCUCUGAUGCGGGUGACCUGAGCCUGGGAGAAGGUUCCGGAGAGCUGGCCGACAAGGUCUCCGGCAGCGAGAUGGAGGAGGAGGAAGAGGAGGAGGAGGAGGAGGAAGAUGAGGACGAUGAGGAAGAGGAGGAGGAAGAGGAGAUGGAGGCCGAGGAUGAAGAGGGCAGGGGCGGCGGUGGAGAACGGAUGCAGAGCGAGCCGGCGACAAAGGACUCCCAGAUACUGGGGCCCGUCAUGCCUCCUCAGCCACCGCUCCUGGAGAAGCAGUGGCAGGGCCUGAGUCUUCUUUCAUCUCAAGGAGUCCCCCCGGGGCUGCUGAAACCGGAACCGGCCCAUCUUGAGCAGCAGAUGAACAUGCUGUCCGUCCUCAGGGCCUACAGCACUGAGAACCUCGCAGCCUUCAACGGCCUUGGAAACAGCUCAAACAACGCCAGUGGAAUCAAGAGACCAGACAUACCCGGUCAGAGGCCUUUCCAGUGCAGGUUCUGCCCCUACAGCGCUUCUCAGAAGGGAAACCUGAAGACCCACGUGCUGUGUGUUCACCGCAUGCCAUUCGACAACAGCCAGUAUCCCGACCGCCGCUUCAAACGUUCCCGUCUGGACUCUGACCCCCCGGGGAGCUCCGAGGAAGGGAACCCCGGCUCCCCGCUCCGCCCCUGGGACCCCCAACACCCGCAGCCACAGCCACAACAGUGA